AUGAUCCGCGGCGCCUGGAUGUACCCCCGCGGGGGCGCCGGCGGCGGGGCGGUGUGCUGCGCGCCGCGCCGCAGCGACAAACCCGUGGCCGACCCCGAGCGGGCGCAGAAAUGGCGCCUCUCGUUGGCCUCCCUCCUCUUCUUCACCGUGCUCCUCUCCGACCAUCUGUGGCUCUGCGCCGGGGCCAAGCUGCGCGCGCGGGAGCGGAGCGGCGCGGGGAGGCCGCGGGGCCGAACGGCCCGAGCGCUGCAGGAGCCGCCCGCCGGCAGCUGCGAGGCGUUCCUGGGCAACCUGAGCCGCGCGCCGGGCCCCGCGCCGUGCCCCGCAGCCCGCGCGGACCUGGACUCGGCGUGCGCCCGGCUGCACUCCCUGCAGCGCCUGCUGGGCUCCUUCGCCGGCGUGCCGCUGCGCUCGCCGCCCGCCACCGCCCUCUUCUCCUCGCCCUCCUCCAAGAGGAACUUCUUACAGGCGUACUUUAGGAACUUCAACCUCUCCUUUUGUGAUACUUACACGAUCUGGGACCUGCUGCGGGAAAUGGGAGGCCCGGACAGCUUGGAUUGCAGCGUGGAGAACCUGAUGGUGGAUCUGGUGGCGGCGGCGGCGGGCGCGCUGGGCGGGGAGGCGUGCAGCAGCUGCGUGCAGGCCUACCAGCGCCUGGACCAACACGCUCAGGAAAAAUACGAGGAGUUCGACCUCUUGCUGGAGAAGUACCUGCAGUCGGACGAGUACUCGGUCAGGUCCUGCAUCAGAGACUGCAAGGCUGUCUACAAGGCCUGGCUGUGCUCCGAGUAUUUCAACGUGACACAACAACAGUGCCGACACCGGAUCCCAUGCAAGCAAUACUGCCUGGAGGUGCAGACCAGGUGCCCGUUUGUGUUACCGGACAACGACGAGCUGAUCUAUGGAGGCUUGCCUGGCUUCAUCUGCACGGGGCUGCUGGAGAGCCAGCUGCCCGAGGAGGAGGCCAAGUGCUGCGAGGUGCAAUGGGACUCCUGCGACCACCCCCCAGACAGCAGCUCCGACACAUCCCCCAAAUCCACGGCGUCAGAGUCGCUCCAUUACCACCGCCACGACCCCCACCUCCAUCACCAGCGGCAGAACCACUACCAUCUCUACCACCACCACCAGUACCACCACUCCCCGUCCUUGCUGCCGGUCUCCGCAGGGUCUCGCCUGGGCAGCAGCAGGAUCCGGCUGUGCGUGCUGGUUCUGAUGCUCCUCCACACCAUGGUGUCUUUCUCGAGCGUGCACAGUGGCGGCGGGGGGCUCGGCCCAGAGACCCUGCCCUCCUUGGAUGAGAGCGUGGCGCGGGACGAGUGAUGCAGAAGGCAGAGCCGACCUCCGAGAGGAAACGCCAGAUCUUUUUCCACGAAAGGGGGCACAUGCUAUUCCUCCAAUGGGAGGCACGGGAUCGGGGGUGACGCACACAGACACACCCCCACACAUACCCCCAAGAGCUGCUCGCCGCGGGGCAUCCCCGUGAUGAAGAGUCUCUAAUGCGCACAGAGCUGCGGGACUCGGCGGUGAGAAGGGUUCAGUCAGCAGCAGCCAGGCGGCUGGGCGUGGGGCGGGAUGGGGAUGGGGAGUGGAGGGGGUGGGACCCCUCGGGAGGUGGCCCCAUGGGUACCACAUGUGCCUUGGGUACCCACCAGCUAUGUGCCAGGAGCGUGGAAAUCAGCCUAACCCUCAUUUCUCCUCUGUCCAUAACGCCCAGCACCCUGUGCUCCCAAAUGGGUGGGAGGGUAUGGAGACAGCAUCUCUCUGCAAACCCUUCUCUUUCCUUCCCAUCCCUGGGGAAAACCCAGCAAGGCACGGCAGUCCCUACAUGGCCUGGCCAGGCUCCUGCUGCUGGUGGUGCUGGCAGGGCUGUAGGAUGCUGUCCUAUGGUGCUGGUGGGGUUGGUGGGGCAGGAGGAUGCUGCGCUGUGGUGCUGGUGGGAUUGGUGUCACUUGGCCCAGCGCUCCUUGCUUUGCAACAUGAUGGUUCCAUUUACCAUCUCUUGUUUGCUUUCCCCAUGGGAGAGGCUGCUCUCAGGGAGGUGUUAGGGAGACGUGGUGAAGCUGAGGGUGUCUUCAGCUUGCAGUGGGAUCAAGGCUGGUAACAAUUGGAUGAAAGGCUUCAAAGGGCAUCCUUCCAUGCUUUGCGGCCACAAAUCAUCUACUGGAUGGCAGAAGGACUGGGUGAAGGGCUGGAGAAAUCUGGCUGGUAGGGAUGGUCUCCCACACAGAGCAGAGGCGCUAAUAAGGCCCAGCUGGGGAAGGGAGUUCUCCCAAAUGCUUUUUAUCAAUAGUUGCCCCCAGAUCAGAGAACAUUGAGGAACCCGCCCGGAGCAGUGGUGCUCGCUCAGGCAAGGUGCAGCCUCAGUCAGUGCAGACUUUUUAUACCUGAAUUCAGCAUUUCUGGGCAUUCGGCCCCAAACGGACACCAGGUCCCUCCCUGCCAUGAAGCUCCCAAAUCCUCCAUCCACCCACAAGGCUCUGCAGGCAGCACAGAGGAGGUGGGGAAGCAGGCUGCAGACAGCUGCGGGGGGCCGUGGUCACAGUGUGGGUGCACACCUCCUGCUUCCAUCCCUGCCCCUUCAGGUCAGCCCAGGGUUAGGGUCAGGGUAGCCCUGUGGAAGGAAUGAGGAUUGUCCUGCUCUGCCCAGACCCAUGCUAGGGCCCUGUGGAGCAGUGGGGAGGUUCAGGGCUGUGAGCAUCUCUGGUUCCUGAUCUGGUGAGGUAAAGCAAAGCCCCACGCACAGUGGGCAGCACCAGGAACUUUGCAGGAAUGGCUGCUCCCAAUGUUUCCAGCCCAUUCACAGACCAAAGAGGCUCUGAAAAGCAGCUGAAUGUGUGACUUCUGCUUUGACUUGAACCUCAGAGCUCUGGGGAGAUGUUUACACACUACCAGUUACCUGUUACCAAAGUCCUGAGGAUGCAGUGCCCAUGGACUUGUUGUGCAGGGCUGUCGGGUAGGAGAGCUCACGCUUGUGGGAGGUGCAGAGCAUUUCCCAAGCAGAUUCUAUUACUGUUGCCAGCCAGGAUGAAUAGGUAGGGAGAUUCUUGUUUGAAUAUUCAUGGCAGCAUCCCUGUAUUUGCAGACUGGUUUACAGCAAGCUGGGAACUCAGACGUGCAACCGCUCAGCACACAGGAGUGGGGCUGCUCCGUUUGCUGCGCUGCGGCACCGCGGCGUUGUGGCGAAGAGCAAAGGCACACAGCAAGAGCGAAGGAGGGAGAGCAGCCGCGUCCCAUUCCUUCUUAAGGAAAUGAGAUUUUUCAUGUACUGCCAAGAGUGAAGCUGAUUCCAGGCGCCUCUCCCCAAGAUAGGCUGUGUCCAAUCUGGGGGAAAGCGUGGCCCCGUGUGGUGCAUCAGCGCACGGCCCUGACUCAGCUCUGCUCUUUCUCUGCCCGCAGCUUGCUGGGGGUGCUGGGCCUCUGCCCCACGGCUACACAGAGUGACAGCAGCGGGGACAGCUUGGGGACACUGCAUUUGGGUGCAGGGAUGGGGAUCCCAGGCAGGGAGCAGCCAGCUCAGGGUGCUGCUGUGAGGGGCUGCGGCAUUACCUAGUGUGACUGCAAGGAAAGUGCUGAGUCUUCACAGAGCAGGGCUGUUGGAAGGAGUUCUUUUAUUUAGCAAGUCUGGGCUGCUGUCAAUAAGUUCUGUGGUUUUCGGGCACCAUAUGCUGUAUUCAACACUUUGCCAAUGGCGUUAAACAGAUCCAGACGUGGCUGUUUGAGGAGCGGGACGGAGCAGCUGGGAGCGGUGCGUGGCGCAGUCCGACACUGUAGGGCCAACAGAUAAAAAUCUUCCCUCUGCCCUGGCGCUGCAACCCCAAUAACCCUCCGCAUCAGCCUUCCCUUUGCUAGAAGAGAGAAGCAGAAAGCAGACCGGGUGCAGGCUCAGCUGAUACCCCACGGUUCCCCACUGCGCCCUUUGCACAGCAUCCCCAGGGGAGCGCAGCCCCACGCAGCCCAUCCUGCAGGAAUUCAGCCCACGUUGCUCCUCCUUUCCCUUCCACUCACUGAUCUGAUUUCUCCCCCCGGUGCUGGGGGUCGGGAUGGUGCUGCAGGGAGAGGUGGCCACGGCCAUGGCCCGUCUGCUGUGCCAGCCCUCUGCACUGCGCUUUAAUGUCGCUGCCAGUUGUACAAAUUAAUUAAAAAUAACUGAAGAAAAAUCCCAAAGAAAGGCCCCGCUUCCUCUGGUGAAGAUUAAUCAUUAGUUGAGCCUUUUUCUUAUGAAAAUACAGAUCCAUGGUAGCCCCAGGCAAAAGAUUCCCAGGGAGAGCCCUCACCAUUCGUGCUCUGAGUUAGGGAAAUCGCUUUGAAAGCAUCUGACAACUAAAGCAGAACAUGUUGAGUAACUUGGCAACACUCUGAAAACAUCUUGAAAUGGUUUUUGUUCAACACAUUUUGCUUCGCUUCAAUAGGAGAUGUCAGGGCAGUUCAUUCACUGCCACUCAGGGCUGCGGGCGAUGCCGGGAGAUGGCUCCUCUGCAAAGAACUGAAAACCCUGAUAUGUGCUGCUGUGAGCCAGGGGCAGGGUGGUGCUGCCACGUUGGAGUGGCCUGGAGCUCCGCAUGGCUGCCUGUGCUGCGCCCUCAUCCCGCAUCCCAUAUCCUCCAUCCCAUGCUCUGCAUCCCACAUCCCGUAUCUCUCAUCCUCCAUCCCACCCACAGCAGCUCUGCCCUGUUCCCAGCUGCCUGCUUCAGCCGCUGCCCUCUCAGCUUCCUCAGAUGCCCAUCCACAGCUUGCAUUGGAUCUGAUAUGUGGCCACCGCCCCAGGAAGGAACACCCCUAGAAAUUAAGAGACAAAUUCAAAACAGAAAAAAUAACUGGAGAAAAUGGCUGUGAAAAUCUAUGCAACAUGCCCAGCAAUUUUGUUUAUAGAUUUUUUUGAGCUGCCCUAUGAAUUUCCAUCCAUGGGAGCAUAAAUCAUUAUUCCAAGUAUAUUUAGAAUCACAGAACGGCCUGGGCUGCAAAGCAGCACAAUGCUCAUCCAGUUCCAACCCCCUGCUG